AUGAAGUCACCCUAUUUUAGAAAGUACUCCGAAAGAAUUCUUUCUCUUUUAUGUAACAACAAAAAAUGCGGGACUCAUACACAUAUACGACCUUACAAACAAAUGUUUAGCACCUUAAAUAAUGUUGUAUCGAAUGAGGAAGAAAAUAAAAAUAUUCAAGAUACACAUGCAAUAGAUUCUAACAAUGAAAUUAUUAUUGAGAAAUAUAAAAAUUUUAUAAGAAAUACAAAACUCAUCAAAGACAUAAAAGAAAAAAGUAAUUUUCAAACAAAUGGAGAGAUAAAUGAAACUAAUUUUUUCCCCCACAAAAAAAAUGUAAACAUAAAAAGUAAAACCAUCAUAAAUGAUAUAAAUAUUAAUGACACCAAUUUGGAUAGUUCACAAAAUAAUUUAAAUAAAUCACAAAAUGAGUCAUGUAAUAAUUUAAUGUCUUCUAAAGAUGAAAAAUAUGUUAUUCUAAAAAAACAAAUUACAAAAGAAUUUAUUCAUCAAGUAUUUUUGCCACAUGUUGAAUCGCAAAUAAUAUAUCAUCUAAAAACAUACACUCCUGAUCAAAUAGUAAACAUUUUUCAAGUAUAUUCAUACUUGUAUUAUUAUGAUAAAAAAAAAGAAAUGAUAGAUCAAUUAUUAGAAUAUUUAGAAUAUAGAUUAGAUUGUUUUAGUGUCCACAAUGUAUUAUUAAUAUUAGAACCUUUGUAUAUAUUGAAUCAAACAAAUAAUAUAUAUAUAUAUAGAUUAAUAAUAAAUUAUCUUUAUAAAAUUGAAGAUAAAUUAAAUAUAUAUAAUUAUAUAGGAAUAUCCAGAGUCUUUACAAAAAUUUUAAUAGACCUUUACUUUAAAGAACAAGAAGAACAAAAAAAGGGUCAUAAUCUAUUGUCUAUAAAAUUUAUAUUAAAAUAUUUUAAAGAACAAAAAUUUAAAAAAAAAAUUACUCCAAACGAAAGAAGUAUUCCACAUAUAGAAUAUAUUACAAAUUUUAUGUUACAAGUUAUAGAUAAAAUAGAAAACCAAUUAGAUUUAUUAUCAGCAAUUGAAUUAACAGACUUGUUAAGUGUCAUGUCGAAUUAUUCAUAUAAAAAUAAUUAUUCCAAAUAUUAUAUUCCAUUAGAAUAUAAAAACAAUACAACUAUACAACAGAAUAAUGAAUUAUCGUUGGAUAUAUCAAAUGAAUGUAUUCAUGUAAUACAUCAAAACAAUAAAAAAUUAUAUAUAUAUAAUUUAUCAACAGAUAAUUCAUAUCUAUUCAAAGAAAAUAUUAUAGCUUUUCUAAUUGUUAAUAGAAUAAUACAAAAAUAUACAGAAUUAACUACUCUACAUAAAAUUACAAAUAUGCAUAACUUAAUUAAGCUGUCUAUAUAUGAUGAUCAAUAUAUCAAAUUAAUAGAAAAUGAUAUAAAUAAUUAUCAUUAUAUAAAUAAUAUACAUCAUAAAUAUUUAUCCUUAUUAAUAUGGUGUCUAUUCAAAUAUAAUAUUUUAUAUAAAUAUAUAAACAAAUUAAAACCAAUACUUCAACAAAAUAUUUACAAUUUUAAUGCUAAAGGAUUUGCAAGACUAUCUCAUGCAAUUUAUGAACAUAAAGAUAUUUUAUAUCAAAUAGCAAAUAAUUUGAUAAAAAAUAUUAAUCAAAUGAAUAUUAAUGAAUUUCUAUGCUUUUUCUAUUCUCUAGUUUUACAUGAUUUAUUACCAUAUCAAAUAUUAAAUCAAAAGAAUAAUACAGACAUGAUGAAUUCUGUACAUGUAAAUCAUAAUACCAAGGACAUACACACAACAGGCAAUGAUAAUAUAAUAAAUAAAUUAAACAAAAAUAUUAGCAAUUUAAAUAAAAAGGAUAUAUUACAUAAAUGCUUACAAUAUAUUGAGAAAAACAAAAGGGAUAUGAACAAAGAACAAAUGGUAAAAAUAGUACAACUUUUAAAAAAAAAAAAACAUCAAAGGUAUUUAUAUAUAUUGGACAUGUUACCAGAUGAGUGGAAAGGAAUGCUUCACUUGAUAAAUUGA